AACAUUAUAUUGAUUACUUUAUUUUGUGGUGCCAAAAAGUGUUAAUCUGUGAUCUACGAAAUGCUCUUAAUCUAUGAGCCGGAGAUCGAUUGCUCUGGUCUCCACCCAUAUUCCUGGGGAAAUCGCGGACUUUUCUCAUUGAACUAAACAUUGAAUUGAGAAUACAACAACGUAUCACUCUCGUGAUUAUUUCUCCCCUGUUUUCAGGGGCGUAACAUUAGCCUAUCAUGUUCUGUGAGCUUUUAUCACUAAUCACCUCUGCUGAUGACACACAGAGUAAUUGUCAGGCUGACAUGUAGCACUUUAAAGCUGACACUAUAACAGGUGCUGAGCCAAGGAGGCUUGCUGUCUCUAAUGCUACAUGUGGCGGCGAUCUGCUUUUAAUAGUGCAAACAUAGAGGAGGUAUGAAUAGACGUGUUGCCAUGACUCUUGCCCACUGGGCUGCAUGUAUUCAAUGAGUCGACUCUUGGACUACAACAAUAAUGUAUUCUGAUUGCCAACAGUAGUAGUCUGUUGAAUGUGGCACUUGAUAAUCAACUGUAUAACCAUACUCAUUGUGGAGUGAUUGACCUGUGCUCAGCCACUCUCUCCUUGCAACAUGAUGCAGGCAAAUUAUGAGAAAAUCAACUGCUGCAAUAGGGUGAAGGCAGAGGUUGAAUAUGAGUACAGGCAGAGAGAGAGAGAGGUGGAGAGAAGGAAAGAGAGAGACAGACAGACAUACAGUGGUAGGAUCUUAAUUUGAUCCAGCAGGAAAAUACAGACAUACAGGCAGACAUGGUCCAUAGAAAUAGGCUGUUCCAGUUCUGGGUGGAUAUGUGGAAGAUAACUAACUUGGUGAUGUCACAAUGCCCCUUUACCAGGGAAGGAGAACUAGUUGUUAUAAGGGAACAUUAUGAGGUAACAUGUUGCCACGGAAACACACUUAUGUCAUAAUCUCAGACCACAUUAAAACGGUCAGACAAGCUCAGGUAGAGCGCAUUAGCUACAUUCGAACGAUCUCCCAACCUAUAACUGAUUUGAUUGAUUACAACGGUACACUACCUUGUCGUGACAUGGGUCAGAGACUAAGUGACCCUGUCCCUGAGGUAUCCCAUAGGGAGAAACCAAAGGAGACACAGGAACAUAAAGAUAAACCCAAGGAGAAGAGGAUCCCUCAAGCCCUGACCUUUCUUCAGCUGUUUACACUGCUGAGCUGCGUCAAGGUGAAGAAAACACCCUUUGAUCCCUCCCAGAGUGGUGAUGGGAGAAAGGGAACAACGAUAAACGAUACAAACAACAAUAAUGACUCUGAUACUGGCUUGGACUACUCUGCAGGUGACGUGAAAAGGAUCAAGGACAAGAGUAAAGGAAAGGUUGGGGGAGAGAAACAUAGCAUUGAAUCUCAGGACCACAAAUGCAGAACGACACAGGAAAAAGAAAAAGAAAAUGACAUUAAACAAAGACCUAACUCGGUCUCCCCUGAGGAGCAAGCAAAGAAGACGCAGCAGAAAGAGAAGAAGAAGAGCAUCCAUCCAGCUGUGGCGGCCCUGCAGCUGUUCACUCUCUUCUGCUGUGGUGGGAAAGUCAAGCUGAGGAAGUCUCGUCCCUCUCAGAACAGACAGAGUAGAAAGGACCAGGACAAAGAUAAUGCAUCUGAUACUGGUUCAGACUUGUCUGGAGGUGACGUUACAACCAAAAGGGUCAAGGACAAGAUUAAUGGAAAGGUAGGGAGGGAGAAAGACCAGACUAAAGUUCAGCUGUUGAAAUCAUCUCAGGACCACGAACCCGAAAAUCGAAGGACACGCCGGCAAGUGAAGACCCCUGUGGAGGAAAUUAACAUAAGACCUGACUCUCCGACUCUACCACGUGCCCACAGCUCCCUCUCUCAGUUUUCCCUGGCUCGGAACCUGGCCAUCCUCCCGCUGGACUGGCAGCUACCCGGAGUCCCUCUGCCCACCUCGUCUAUGGCAACUAGGACAGAGAGAAUGCCAUCCUCUACCAACACUUCGACACAUGCGCAGAUGGAAACACAGACAUCAGAUAUGAACACAGACACACGGAUCACUUCUACCUCUCAGAGCCAGAUCUCCAUGGUCUCAUCAGAGACCAUGAUAGAUCUUCACACGUCAGACUCCAUUACCCAGACCUCCACUCUUGACAUGGCACUGACCCCUGAGAGCACUAAGGACAUGAUCACUACUGAUGAGGAUGUGAAGGAUGACUCUGCUAAAGAUUUGAUCUCCACCCUAACAGACACCUCUAUGAAGAAAUCCAUCAGUGAGACCAGCCUGGAAGACCUCAUCGCUGAGUAUGAAGAUGACAAUGAGCUGAAGGGUAUGGUUGCCUCCGCUACCCCUGCUACUGAUAAUGACAAUGAGGAUGCAAUGCUGCUGGAGAUUGCAGCACUUUUUGACUGAUUACAUGUUGACAGUGGAGACCGAGCUGCCUCUGCAUCUCUGAAGAGCCAAUAGGCCUAAUGAACAUUUCAAUGUAGCAAAAGCUAUACUUUGAUCAAUUAAUAAAGCAUUUU